AAAAAAGAAAAAAAAAAGAAACAAGAAACGCGUUCUGUACUGCACUGAUGCAAAAACACUGUUUGGAACGAAACUAAUUCGCGAAAGCCGAAGAGAAAUAGUUAGUUCGUCAUUUACAAAGAAAACAACUUUUUAUUUUCCGUUUUCGAAUCCAAAAUCGUUAAUCAAAUUCAAAUUCUAAAAGAAGUCACAUCGUGAUUUCCGCCAUCGCCAUUGAUCCCAAACUCCAUGGCCGAGGAAUCGAGCUCCAUAGAAAUCAAGCUCAUCUCCGGGGAAGACCUCAGGGCCUUCAACUUCUUCCAGAAGCUCUCGAUCUUCGCGCUCGCCUCCAUCGCCAGGGACGAUCCUAGCAAGAAAAUGGAGAAGAAUCAGCAGCAGAGAACUCCCACGGACAGAGAGAACGACGGAUUCCCGGAAUGGAAUCACGAGAUGCGGUUCCUCCUCGAUUCUGAUUACGAUUCCGAUCUCGAUCACCUCUUCAUUCACCUGGAUCUUCGCCACGAGGGCGUCCUCUUCGGAAUCGGAGACAAGACGAUCGGAGAGGUCCGGAUUCCGCUGACGGAUCUCACCGACGAGGCGUCGGCCAAUGGAAUCGUGAGAUUCGUCCGGUACCAGGUGAGAUCCUCCGACGGGAAGCCAAAUGGCGUGUUGAAGCUGUCGUACAAGUUCAAUUCGAAGUCGGCGAAAACCCUAGAUUCGUGCAAAAUUAGGUAUCCGACGGUGGAGGAAGUCCCCAAUCUUGAUUUGGUAGAUCCGAGCCUCUCCUAUUCUCAGCGAUAUUACAAUUACUGUUCGCCGUUUCCGAUUCCGCAUCGACAAGGAAAUGACUGUUGGCCUGCUUCUCCUCCCCAAACGACGCCGUUUCCGCAGGCUCGUCUUCCUUAUCCAAAUCCAGGUUAUUACAAAGGAGCCGUGUGGAAUAGAGGAAAUGUGAUGGGAGAUUGGAAUGGGCGGUGAUUUUCUGGAAGAAUGGAAAAUAUUCUUGCUUCAAUAGAAGAAGAAGAAUCUGAAUCUUCUUGCUUCAAUAGUUUUGAGUUUAUUUCAGUGCAGUUUUGAGUGUGUGUAAAUUAUAUUUUACUACAAGUCAUUUGAAUAUCUAUACUUGUA